UUUACAGCAUCAAAGAUCCACUCUUCUGCAGUACUUUUGUCGCGCGAGUUGAAACCGCGGUUCUCUGGAGUCUUCGUCCAGCCUCUUGGUCGGCUACCACGCGGGCUCCAAUGGCGGUCCCGGACUUUCAGCUUCAUCAAACCGGUCGACAUGACCUGUCUCCCUCGUGUCGUCCGCGACUCGGGCUAGAUGCCCAGUUCAACGUGCCAGUGGGAGUCCAUGACGAUGGUAACUUAUUACCGAUUGAUACAGGGGCGCGCUUCUGUGUGUCUGUCUGUCCAGUCGACAGGAGGGCUCCUCGACCGGGCGCUUCUAGUCUGUCUAUCAUCACACCUCUUUAUCGUUCUGCGCCCCGUGGAUGGACAUCGCCACGUUCAGUAUCUCAUGGGUCAGCAUGGUCGAAUGGCUUGGACAGCCUUAUCCGAGCAAGCAGUGGCCAUUGGACAGCCUGGCAAGUCAGGGCUUCUGUAGGUCUGCAAUUGAAUGUCCCAUCGCCUUCACUGAGGCCGACCAACCCUAAGUCCGAAGUCGAACCAAGCCUUCUACCAAUCAACCGGCUGCGACGACGCGAGGUAUAUGACACAGGCGCGAGGAACGUUCCUACUAUAUAGCUAUGGGAAGUGGACUGCAGCGACUACCAGAUCCGGACACGGUCUCUGCGCAGUGAUCCUCGUCGCAUCCGUCCGACACUGGGAUGACAGACCCUGCUCUAUCCUCUAACCUUUCUGUGCUUCCGUGAAUAUAGCUGGCUGACGAAGCCACGGGAUAUACUGAGAUCAAGGUGCGACGGGGCAGAUUGCUGA